UAUAAUAUGUUCAACGCAGGACUCUGGAUAAGACUAUUUCAAAUUUAGAGAUGGAAUUAGCUGCUGCAAGGGCAGCACAGGAGUCCAUACUAAGUGGUUCUCCUGUAUCAGAUGACUUAAAGAAGCCCCAGUCAUCUGGAAAGAGAAGAUAUUUGAUGGUUAUAGGAAUUAAUACUGCUUUUAGUAGUCGGAAGAGACGAGAUUCAGUACGUGCCACGUGGAUGCCACAAGGUGAGAAAAGGAAGAAGUUGGAGGAAGAAAAGGGCAUUAUCAUCCGCUUUGUCAUUGGACAUAGUGCUACUUCAGGAGGGAUUUUGGACCGAGCUGUUGAAGCAGAGGACAGAAAGCAUGGAGAUAUCAUGAAACUGGAUCAUGUUGAAGGAUACCUUGAACUGUCAGCCAAGACAAAGAUCUAUUUCGCUACUGCAGUUUCUUUGUGGGAUGCAGAUUUUUAUGUCAAAGUCGAUGAUGAUGUCCAUGUAAAUAUAGCAACACUGGGAGAAACUCUUGUUAGACACCGAUCAAAGCCACGGGUAUAUAUUGGAUGCAUGAAGUCCGGUCCUGUCCUUUCUCAAAAAGGAGUUCGGUAUCAUGAACCUGAGUAUUGGAAAUUUGGUGAGGCUGGAAAUAGGUAUUUCCGUCAUGCUACUGGACAGCUAUAUGCCAUUUCAAAGGAUCUGGCUACUUAUAUAUCUAUAAAUCAGCAUGUCCUACACAAGUAUGCCAAUGAGAUGUUUCGCUGGGAUCUUGGUUUAUUGGGCUUGAUGCGGAGCAUAUUGAUGACAGGAGACUAUGUUGUGGCACCCCACCUGAUUGCGAAUGGAAAGCCCAGGCAGGAAACAUCUGCGUUGCUUCAUUUGACUGGAGUUGCAGUGGGAUCUGCAGGUCUGCAGAGAGGAUAAAGGAGGUCCACCGACGGUGUGGGGAAGGUGAAAAUGCAGUAUGGAGUGCUACAUUUUAAUUAGCUAGGUUGAAAAAUCCUUCCAAACUCAGGAAGGUUACAAGGUAGAUGAGGCAAGGCAGCCUGUAGCUGCUCUUUUCUGUAUUCUUUCUUAUGAGUAUAGGAUAUAAGCCAAGAUAGGGGGGAGAGAGAGAGAGCCCUUGCUAUGUGGGACAAUUUCCAUUUUAGUAGGGGAAAGUGACCACACCAGAGGCCAGAAAAUGGAGAAGGCAAGAGGCUGUCGCUGCUAUACAGUAAAAUUUUUUUUGGGUGCUUGGAAGGCCAAUCUGUAAGUUACAAUUCCAUGGCUAUAUCAAGCUCAUAAUAAAUAUAAGUCUUUGUGAUGCCA